AUAAGCUUUUGUAACUUUGUGCCUAAAUGGAGGGUCCUUAGUCUCUCUCUCCUCUCUCUCCCAUCUCUCCCUUCCCUUCUCUCAAUACUCUGCAAAAUCACAAGCCUCUGUAACCUGUACUUACCCCUUCAUCAUCAUCAUCAUUAUCAUCAUCUUCUUCUUCUUCUACUAGUACUUGUUUCCUUCUCCAUUUUGACCCUUGUCUAUAUUGUUGAGCUUCCUACUUCACAAACUAGCUGAUCUGAAAGGCUUUUCAUUUGACUGGGAUAGGAAGAGAAGUGUAACGAGCGUUUUCUGAAUUGAGCAGGUUUUGGAAAGAAAGGGGGAAAAAAAAACAAAGUGGAGUUUAGUUUAGAAAUCUGAUGUCUACACCACUGCUUGGUGUUGUGGAAGAAGAGGGUCAGAGCAAUGUGAGCUUGUUGACUUCUUCUUCCUCCUUAGACAGUUCGCGACAGAAUGGAUCAGUUUUCAAAGAGCGAAACUAUAUGGGAUUGUCUGAGUGUUCAUCGGUGGACAGCUCUACAAUUUCCAACAUAUCGGAUGGCAGCAAUGGCAGCUGUCUGAAUUUGAAGGCAACUGAGCUCAGGCUUGGGCUUCCUGGGUCCCAGUCACCUGAGAGGGAUUCAGAACUUUGCCUUGUGAGCUCUACCAAACUUGAUGAGAAACCUCUGUUUCCUUUGCAUCCUUUGAAGGAUGGGAAUUGCUCGAAUUUGCAGAGAACGAGUACUUCAGGCAACAAAAGAGGGUUCUCAGAUGCCAUGGAUGGGUUCUCUGAGGGAAAAUUUUCUGAAGUUAAUGUGAUGUUAUCUCCCAGACCUUCUCUGAACUCCAGCAUGAAAUCAGUCUCUGCAAAAGAGACUACUGGUACUCAAGCUGCCAAAUUGAAAGAGGUUGUACCCCAAAGCACUGUCCAGGAGAGGCCUCGCACUGUCAAUGAGAGUGUCUCAAACCGAGUUGGAGCUACAAGUAACAACACUGGAGCCCCAGCUCCCAAGGCACAGGUUGUGGGCUGGCCACCUGUGAAGUCAUUUAGAAAGAACUCCUUGGCUUCCACCUCAAAGGUUGCUGAAGAAGUGGAUGGAAAAUCUGGACCUGGUGCACUUUUUGUUAAGGUCAGCAUGGAUGGUGCUCCAUAUCUAAGGAAAGUGGACCUUAGGACAUACUCCACAUAUCAGGAGCUCUCUUCCGCCCUUGAGAAGAUGUUUAGUUGUUUUACUAUUGGUCAAUGUGGAUCUCAUGGAGUCGAAGGGAAGGAGGUGUUGAGUGAGAGCAAAUUGAAGGAUUUGCUGCAUGGAUCAGAAUAUGUUCUCACAUAUGAGGACAAGGAUGGUGACUGGAUGCUUGUGGGUGAUGUCCCUUGGGAAAUGUUCAUUGAUACAUGCAAGAGACUGAGAAUCAUGAAGAGUUCUGAUGCUAUUGGUCUGGCUCCUAGGGCUGUGGAGAAAAAUCGGAGCAGGAACUAGUCACCGUUGCUUCAUGAAUGCUGCCAUCUAUCCAGCAAUGCACAAGGAAAGGGAACAGGGGAAUGGUUUAAAGAAGAUCAUGUACACAUCCAUGAAGCCUAAGGUGUAAUCAGAUGGCUUUGGGCAGCAUAUCAUGGGGUAGAUGCUUAUGUUAUUGUCAUUGUGUUUUCAUUUCCGCGUAAUUAAUGUCCCCAACUUUUGUAUGUAGUAUUUCAGCUCCUAAGGUCCUUCACCUGUGUGUUGUGCAACUGAUGCGUGCUGUCGGUUCCUUUUCCCAAUAUUAGUAUGUAAAAGUGUAUUGCGUGUUAAACAUCUUAAUGUACCGAAGUAUGUUUUUAUGUGUGUACUCAUUACUCGAUGACCCGGUUGCUCGUAGCUUGAGAUCUUAAUUUUUCACUUCACUGCCAA